AUGACUUUAUUUGAGUGGGACAGAGUUGGGCUGAAGUCACUGGAGAACCUUCUGUGGGGGGUGCAGCCCACGAGUCCGGGCCGAGACCACAGGUGCAGCCCACGAGUCCGGGCCGAGACCACAGGUGCAGCCCACGAGUCCGGGCCGAGACCACAGGUGCAGCCCACGAGUCCGGGCCGAGACCACAGGUGCAGCCCACGAGUCCGGGCCGAGACCACAGGUGCAGCCCACGAGUCCGGGCCGAGACCACAGGUGCAGCCCACGAGUCCGGGCCGAGUCCACAGAUGCAGCCCACGAGUUCGGGCCGAGACCACAGGUGCAGCCCACGAGUCCGGGCCGAGACCACAGGUGCAGCCCACGAGUCCGGGCCGAGACCACAGGUGCAGCCCACGAGUCCGGGCCGAGUCCACAGAUGCAGCCCACGAGUUCGGGCCGAGACCACAGGUGCAGCCCACGAGUCCGGGCCGAGACCAUAGGUGCAGCCCACGAGUCCGGGCCGAGACCACAGGUGCAGCCCACGAGUCCGGGCCGAGUCCACAGAUGCAGCCCACGAGUUCGGGCCGAGACCACAGCUGUGAGUUUGGCUCCGGAGGGCACCGUGCCAGCCCCAGAUGUGAGCUGACAGGCACCAGCGGUCUGCAGAACAGGAUCACGGAGGAGCGGCCCUCAGCUCCAGCAGAACUAAUGAAAGUCGACAAAAUGUCUGCGCUGCCAUCUUUAUCUCCCAUCCUCCCCCCGCCCUGUGCCCUCCCCCCGGUGCCGAAGGAGCGUGACAGCAGAAAAUGGUGGCUAAAUGUGGCUUCCAUGCGGCGGCGGCGUCUGAGGAGGUGA